AUGUCCAUUGAUAUCUGCACGUCAAACAUGGCAAUUCCAAAAAUUGAAAAACAUGAACAUGUUGUUUUUGAUGCCUCCAUUAUUCAACAUCAAACCAACGUACCCUCUGAGUUCAUUUGGCCUGAACAUGAGAAGCCCUGCCUCGAGUCCCCGGAACUUGUAAUUCCUCCCAUUGACUUGGGAAGCUUUCUGUCUGGAGACCCUUCUGCUGUCUCAAAAGCUUUUCAGCUCAUUAAUGAGGCAUGCAGGAAGCAUGGCUUCUUUCUAAUCGUUAAUCAUGGUGUUGAUUCGAUACUUACAGCUAAAGCUCAUGAGUAUAUGGACAAGUUCUUUGGCUUGUCACUAGCGGAGAAGCAAAGAGCUCAGAGAAAGUUAGGAGAACACUCUGGAUAUACUAGUAGCUUCACUGGCAGGUUCUCCUCCAAACUUCCGUGGAAAGAAACUCUCUCUUUGCGAUGCUCUGAUGAUGAUCAGUUGUCCAACAUUGUCCAAGAAUAUUUCUUCAACGUCAUGGGGGAAGAAUUCGAAGAUUGUGGAAAGGUGUAUCAAGAAUACUGUGAAGCCAUGAACACUCUAGCCCUCAAGAUUAUGGAGCUUUUGGGAUUCAGUCUAGGUGCUGGCCGGGAAUACUUUAAAGAAUUCUUUAAGGGAAAUGAUUCCAUAAUGAGAUUAAAUAACUAUCCUCCCUGCCAGCAACCUCAUUUAACUCUCGGAACUGGGCCUCACUGUGACCCUACCUCCUUAACAAUCCUUCAUCAGGAUGAAGUUGGUGGCCUCCAAGUGUUAGUCGAUGAGAAAUGGCAUUUCAUUCGCCCCGAUCCUCAAGCUUUUGUUGUCAAUAUCGGCGACACAUUCAUGGCCCUAUCAAAUGGCAUUUUCAGGAGUUGCUUGCACAGAGCGGUGGUAAACAAUAAAACAGUUAGGAAAUCCAUUGCUUUCUUUCUGAGUCCAAACAUGGACAAGGUGGUGAAGCCGCCAAAUAACUUGAUCGACUCCAACAAUCCAAGGUUGUACCCAGACUUCACAUGGUCAGAGCUGCUAGAAUUCACUCAAACACAUUACAGGGCUGACAUGAAUACCCUAGAUGUCUUCAGUAGCUGGGUGCUACAGAAGAACACUUGA